GUGGGUGGGCCCAGGUCCAGCCUGCCUCCCACUUUCCUCCUCCUGCCAGGCCCCUCCCGGUCCUGGCUGGCUCACCGGAGGCAGGGGCUUGGCCCAGGCUCCUCCUGGGGGGUGGGGAGCCGAACUCAGUGUCUGGGAGCAAAGGGGUUGAAGCCGCAAUGCCCCCACCCCCCACCCCGGCCGAGGCCUGCAGCACGGGCUUUGUUAGUUCACUGGCUUGAGGCCCACACCUGAAGCAGGGAGGCUGAAAAGCCCCUAAAAUUCAGCCCUGUGCCUUUGCAGGGCCCCCUGGAGCCACCAGUUUCUGAGGGCAGAUGGGGCCGUUGCAUGGGGUGGGGGGAGGCCUGGCACACAUCCCCUUGGUGUGGCCACCGCAGCCUCUCCCCUGCACCUUCCGAGGGCGUCCCCUCGACAGCCCUGCACACCUAGGCCUUCAGAGUCCGACCUCAGCUUUCUCCGGGCCCAGGCGCUGGUCCUAAAGUGGAGCCACUGGAAGCCCAACCCACAGGCAGCCUGAGGCCGAGGCCACGUUUCAGCAGAAUUUCACUCCGCACGAGGAUCUAUGUCUAAGUUUUAACUCUUGCUUACCAAGACCACGAUAAUUCCUUCCCCAAAGCCCAGCAGCCCCCCAGCCCCGCGCAGCCCCAGCCUGCCUCCCACCGCCCAGCUGCCCGCGAUGCCCGCCAGCGGCCCCGGGGACACCAGCGGCUCCGCUCCGGAGCGGGAAGAGGACCGCAAGGAGGGAGAGGAGCAGGAGGAGGCUCGCGGCAAGGAGGAGCGGCAGGAGCCCAGCACAACUACGCGGAAGGUGGGGCGGCCUGGGAGGAAGCGCAAGCACCCCCCGGUGGAAAGCAGCGACACGCCGAAAGACCCCGCGGUGACCUCCAAGUCCCCGUCCAUGGCCCAGGACUCAGGCCCCUCAGAGCUGUUACCCAACGGGGACUUGGAGAAGCGGAGUGAGCCUCAGCCGGAGGAGGGGAGCCCCGCCGGGGGGCAGAAGGGCGGGGCCCCAGCGGAGGGAGAGGGCGCGGCCGAGACCCCGUCCGAAGCCUCCAGAGCUGUGGAGAAUGGCUGCUGCACCCCCAAGGAUGGCCGGGGAGCCCCUGCGGAGGAGGGCAAAGAACAGAAGGAGACCAACAUCGAAUCCAUGAAAAUGGAGGGCUCCCGGGGCCGGCUGCGGGGUGGCUUGGGCUGGGAGUCCAGCCUCCGCCAGCGGCCCAUGCCGCGGCUCACCUUCCAGGCGGGGGACCCCUACUACAUCAGCAAGCGCAAGCGGGACGAGUGGCUGGCACGCUGGAAAAGGGAGGCUGAGAAGAAAGCCAAGGUGAUCGCAGUCAUGAACGCCAUGGAAGAAAACCAGGGGUCCACCGAGUCUCAGAAGGUGGAGGAGGCCAGUCCGCCCGCCGUGCAGCAGCCCACAGACCCCGCCUCCCCCACCGUGGCUACCACACCUGAGCCCGUGGGGGCCGAUGCCGGGGACAAGAAUGCCACCAAAUCAGCCGAUGAUGAACCGGAGUAUGAGGACGGCCGGGGCUUUGGCAUUGGGGAGCUGGUGUGGGGGAAACUGCGGGGCUUCUCCUGGUGGCCAGGCCGCAUUGUGUCUUGGUGGAUGACCGGCCGGAGCCGAGCAGCGGAAGGCACCCGUUGGGUCAUGUGGUUCGGAGACGGCAAGUUCUCGGUGGUGUGUGUGGAGAAGCUGAUGCCGCUGAGCUCCUUCUGCAGCGCCUUCCACCAGGCCACCUACAACAAGCAGCCCAUGUACCGCAAAGCCAUCUAUGAAGUCCUGCAGGUGGCCAGCAGCCGUGCGGGGAAGCUCUUCCCGGUGUGCCAUGACAACGACGAGAGCGACACUGCCAAGGCUGUGGAGGUGCAGAACAAGCAGAUGAUCGAAUGGGCCCUGGGAGGGUUCCAGCCCUCUGGCCCCAAGGGUCUGGAGCCACCAGAAGAGGAGAAGAACCCUUACAAAGAAGUUUACACAGACAUGUGGGUUGAACCCGAGGCAGCUGCCUAUGCACCACCCCCACCAGCCAAAAAGCCCCGAAAGAGCACAACUGAGAAGCCCAAGGUCAAGGAGAUAAUUGAUGAACGCACAAGAGAGCGGCUGGUGUAUGAGGUGCGGCAGAAGUGCCGGAACAUCGAGGACAUUUGCAUCUCCUGUGGAAGCCUCAAUGUCACCCUGGAACACCCUCUCUUCAUCGGAGGAAUGUGCCAAAACUGCAAGAACUGCUUCCUGGAGUGCGCGUAUCAGUACGACGAUGACGGCUACCAGUCCUACUGCACCAUCUGCUGUGGGGGCCGCGAGGUGCUCAUGUGCGGGAACAACAAUUGCUGCAGGUGCUUUUGCGUGGAGUGCGUGGAUCUCUUGGUGGGGCCGGGGGCCGCGCAGGCAGCCAUUAAGGAAGACCCCUGGAACUGCUACAUGUGCGGGCACAAGGGCACCUACGGGCUGCUCCGGAGGCGGGACGACUGGCCCUCUCGGCUCCAGAUGUUCUUCGCCAAUAACCACGACCAGGAAUUUGACCCUCCGAAGGUCUACCCACCUGUCCCAGCCGAGAAGAGGAAGCCCAUCCGGGUGCUGUCUCUAUUUGAUGGAAUCGCUACAGGGCUUCUGGUGCUGAAGGACUUGGGCAUCCAGGUGGAUCGCUACAUCGCCUCCGAGGUGUGCGAGGACUCCAUCACCGUGGGCAUGGUGCGGCACCAGGGCAAGAUCAUGUACGUCGGGGACGUCCGCAGCGUCACGCAGAAGCAUAUCCAGGAGUGGGGCCCAUUCGAUCUGGUGAUUGGGGGCAGUCCCUGCAAUGACCUCUCCAUCGUCAACCCCGCCCGCAAGGGACUCUACGAGGGCACGGGCCGGCUCUUCUUUGAGUUCUACCGCCUCCUGCAUGAUGCGCGGCCCAAGGAGGGAGAUGAUCGCCCCUUCUUCUGGCUCUUUGAGAAUGUGGUGGCCAUGGGCGUUAGUGACAAGAGGGACAUCUCGCGAUUUCUCGAGUCCAACCCUGUGAUGAUCGACGCCAAAGAAGUGUCCGCUGCGCACAGGGCCCGCUACUUCUGGGGAAACCUUCCUGGUAUGAACAGGCCGUUGGCAUCCACUGUGAAUGAUAAGCUGGAGCUGCAGGAGUGUCUGGAGCACGGCAGAAUAGCCAAGUUCAGCAAAGUGAGGACCAUUACUACGAGGUCGAACUCCAUAAAGCAGGGCAAAGACCAGCAUUUCCCCGUCUUCAUGAACGAGAAAGAGGACAUCCUGUGGUGCACUGAGAUGGAAAGGGUGUUCGGCUUCCCCGUCCACUAUACCGACGUCUCCAACAUGAGCCGCUUGGCGAGGCAGAGACUGCUGGGCCGGUCGUGGAGCGUGCCGGUCAUCCGCCACCUCUUCGCUCCGCUGAAGGAAUAUUUUGCUUGUGUGUAAGGGACGUGAGGGCAAACCGAGGUAGUGACACAAAGUUGUUAAGCAAACAAACAAAAAACAAAAAACACAACAAAACACCAAGAACAUGAAGAUGGAGAGAAGUAUCAGCACCCAGAAGAGAAAAAGGAAUUUAAAACAAACAAAACGCAGGCGGAAAUUCCGGAGGGCUUUGCCUUGGACAAAGGGUUGGACAUCAUCUCCUGAUUUUUCAAUGUUACUCUUCAGUCCUAUUUAAAAACAAAACCAAGCUCCCUCCCCAGCCCACCCCCCCCCUUUUUUGGGUGAAACCUUUUGUUUUCUACUCUUUUCAGAGGGGUUUUCUGUUUGUUUGGGUUUUUGUUUCUUGCUGUGACUGAAACAAGAGGGUUUAUUGCAGCAAAAAAAAAAAAAAAAAAUUGGUAACAAAAAAUAGUAACCAUACCUUGCAGAAGAAAGAUGGAAGAGAAAGAAAAAAGGAAAUUCUAUAGAAAUUUAUAUAUUGGAUUUUGUUCUUUCGGUUUUUGUUUUUUUUUUUUUGGUUGUUUUUUUUGGUUGUUUUUUUUUUUUACUAUAUAUCUUUUGUUGUUGUCUCUAGCCUGAUCAGAUAGGAGCACAAGCAGGAGACAGAAAACAGACACUCAGGCGGCAGAGUUCCCUCCCAGCCACUGAGCUGUCUUGCCAGCACCAUUCCUGGUCAUGCAAAACACAACCCAACUAGCAGCAGAGAGACGAGAACACCAUACAAGACCCUUUUAUACAGUAUUCAGGUGCCUACCACACAGGAAACCUUGAAGAAAAUCAGUUUCUAGAAGCCACUGUUACCUCUUGUUUACAGUUUAUAUAUAUAUGAUAGAUAUGAGAUAUAUAUAUAUAAAAGGUACUGUUAACUACUGUACAACCCGACUUCAUAAUGGUGCUUUACAACAGUGAGAUGAGUAAAAACAUCAGCUUCCACGUUGCCUUAUGUGCAAAGGGUUUUCCCCACGGAGGAUGGAGAAAGGGAGACAGCUGGGAGGUGAGCCGUUACCGAGGUGGGGUUUGGCCCCCCCGCCCCUUGGUGCUUCACCAAAGGCGAAGGAGGAGAAUCUGGGAACAGCAUUCUCCCGCUUCUCCCUGCCAAACGAAGGGGGUGAGAUUCGGUGGUCGGGACCGUGGAAAGCUGCGAGUGGGAUCCAUCCAGGCUCACGCAAUAACAACCUUUCGAUUUUUUUUUUUUUUUUUAAAAAGGAGACUCCCUCGGCAAGAUGGCAGGAUGAGGGGUCUUCACUCCCAAUUUCUCACAUUAGCCGAUUCGAGGGCUCCUUGCAGUGGGAUCAGAAAAAAAUCCAGAGUGCGGGCAGGUGACAGUUCAAACCCCACCUGGAGCAAAUAAAAAAACAUACAAAACGUACUGGUGCUUUCCUGUCUAAGUCGCUUUUUGUGUGUUCUUUUAUGAGGCCCCCACCAUCCACCCUCUGUGCACAAGGCGGCUUCCAGCCCCUGGAACGUGAUGUUUUUGGUCAUCUCCAAAGGCUGCAGUUUUAUACUGGGAGGCUGAUGACACCUUUUGUUAUAAUUAUUCUUAUGGUUCUGGUUAUAAUUAUGUUUGUUUUCGGAUUUUCUUUAAGAAAACAAAAACCCAACCCCUCCUCCCUUUAGGUUUCAAAACAAGGUGCGGGGAGCAGGGUGCUUCUACGCUAGUGGUGGCCCUGGUGCCCUGGCUCCCCACCCCUCGGGCCAGGUGGGCCACUGGGCGCAGCGACAGCUGGGCGGCCAGGGGGUCCCCGAGGCUGGCCUUCCGGGCGCGGCCCUCUUCUCUUCUGCUUCCCUCCUCUCUAGUUGUGUGUCAGGGCUGGAGGGAGGACGGGGCGUCUCUCCCCCCGUGUGUGAUUGGAGUGCUGUGUCUUUCUUUUCUAGUACUUGGUCUGAUGAUAGCUGUGCUCUUACCUCGAGUCAGCAGCACCUGGAGCCCCAAGUGCGCGACACUUGGUCCCGCUUCCCACCGAGGCAGGCGGCCUGGCGUUGGCGGUAGGCAGGGACAGCAGGGGUGGCUCCAGGGUGAGGGCCCAAUGGGCAGAUGCCUGCCUGGAUAGAUGGGGUGUAGAUAUGUGGCAUAUAGAGAUUUAUAUUUUAUAAGGGGAGGGGGGAAUGGCACCUCCUGGGACUGGCAGGGCUGGGAGGUGUGCUGUCAAGCACAUGGGCCCACGUUCGCAUCCCUUGAAAGAUAGGGCCUACGGUGAUAGGCGCUGUAUAAAUACAUAGAUAGGGUCACGUAUAAGAAAUAUUAUGUCGUGGGGAGCGGGGGAAGGAGGCUCAGUGCUGAGCCUCGGGCCCCACUGCAGACAAGCCCCACACCAAUCAAUCCAUCCCAGACGCACACACAGGAACAUGUUUCUAUACUGAUGUAUAACGAAUGUGCGCGUGUGCCCGUGCGUGUGUGUGGGCGCACACACACGCACAGACACACACGCAGCCAGGGAGCUCCCAGCGCGCUUCUCCCCUGGAUUCAGGACUUGGCGGAGUCGGCCCUGCAGCUCUUUACCUCUGUUGCCCUGAUUGCAGGUGGACUGUCAAUCCCAGAAGUUGCUAGGUGCUGAAAGCAGGAAAAGGAGGAGGUUUUCUUUUAGCAGGUGCUCUCCUCUAGCAGGUAGCGUUUCUCUCUCUUUUGCCCCUGGUGAUGUCAAAAGAUUCUUCAGUUAGCAACCUGUGACACUGACCUGCAACCCUAGGCACCAGUCAAGUCAGCCCUCAGCUCCCCCUACCUAUUCUACCGAUUUCCAAAACGAAACUGACAUCCAGGGCUGUCUUGGCCAGGGGGCUUCCAUUCGGAAAAAAAUGGGACCGCGAACCUCAUCUUGUGAAUAAAGCAAAUCAGUAGUUGGUGACAAAACUUCAACCAAGCUUUGAAUCCCUUGCUCAUUGCUCAGGAGGAAGCUCAUGGCUGGCGGCCCCAGCCUCCUCCUUUUAGGGGUGCUUAGUCUGGACUCCACGAUACUCAUUUCCUGCUCAGAUUGGUUUUUCGGAUCAUCCCCAGUUGCUCCCUGCCAGCUCCGCACUGUGAUGGCAGGUGGUGACGAUGGGCUCCCGCAAGGGCCUGGAGCAGCUGGGGGGGGUCCCUGUGCCCCUCCCUCGUUGGAGUCUGUACCUAACUGUGGUGCUCACCCCGCCCCCUCCUUCUCCAGCCAGGCUCCAUCUUCCUGGCCUGGAGCCCACCAGCACCACUCCAGGAGGGUGGGGGAGGAGGGCUGCCGCAGGCAGUCCAAGGUGCUCCCUCCCCCCGCCGGCCCGGCCAAGGUCUUCCCAGCCCCAGGGUCGGGAUGGUCUCGUCCUCUGCACACAGACUUGCCAGCCCUUUGGGCUCUCCAGGGCCUCUUGUCUGCAGCUUGUGUGCAGGAGUUUGCCCUUCCCAGUGGUCCAAGCUCCACCCAAGGGGUCCAUGUGGUAGCCGAGGAUGUGGCUGAGCCUGUGGGGUCCGCGUGGGCCGGGCACUUUGCUCAGUGGGGGCCUGGUGGUUGUGUCUGACACCUGUUCCUCCCAGUGUAGCGACCCGACUAGGCCCGAGGGGGCUAGAUGCGCCCUUGCAGGCGUGAGAGUUAAUCACCAGCUUUCCUUCCAGCCACACCCGUGGGCUCGGCCCCACAGCAGAACUUGGUAGGGUACAGGGACCUUGGGACUGUGCCAUCUUGGCCAAGCCCGGGCACUCUUCACAGUCUGCUUCCAACCCUGGGGGUGCUUCUGGGGACAGAAAUCGGGCCACCUUUGGAAGGGGAUUUGUGCCUGGACAGGCUGGGGUGAGGCUGUGUGGGGAUGAAGACGGGGGAUGGUUACCCUUGCUGUGCACCAGGCUGAGGGUAGAGGCGGGAGAGACCAAGGAGGCCUAGGGAAAGUUCUGGAGCCUGUUCCCUGGAGGGAGGGGCUUCUUUCUGAAGAACAGGCCCAUUUAACAAAUCCCUAGAACCUGAGGAUGCUGUCCCCUACGUCCCGCAGGUGGAGUGUGGUGCCAAAGACACCUGCGGCUCUGGCCCCGGGGGAGGUAGCCGGGGUUCCGGCCAGGGUCACUGAGCCCUGGGUCACCUGCCCCAGGAGGAAGCUUGUCUCCAGCAGGUGGCUGCUGAGCCCCUUCCCUGGGGACUGACCAAAGGCUGGGGUGCAGCGGGUGAGGACUGGGGGGUCUUGCAGUCAGUGGGUGACAGCCCCGUGUACCACUGUCCGUUUUUCUUUCUAGACCCCAGACCCUUCCUGCUAUCGAACCUUCUGCUAGGAAGCAAAUUUCCCAAAAGAGCAUGCAGGACCGCUUAGCUUUUGAGACGGGCCAGGAGUGGUUGGCUGGCGAAGAUGCCUGUGUGGGUUUUUGGUGAGUCGCUAGGCUUUGGGGCAGGCAGACCCGGCAGGGAGGGAAGCUGGUGGCAGUGGGCUGCUGAGGGCCGGCUCCCCUGACUUUUCCCGGGGCGGCAAGGUGGGAAGAGCCCACCGGCUCCAGCACAGGCAGGGCUGUGACCGCAGCGAGGGAAGGACCACUUCAGUGGAGCCGUUCGGGGACUGGUCUCGGUCUUGGUCUCUGAUGACAUCAGUAGAGAGAAAGUGGAUCUGGGAGGCGGUUCUGAAUUCCUGUGGCUGUUCUGCUCGGUGCAGAGACGCCCUGGCACUGGUGUCUUUCAGAGGUGUCAUUUUCAGGAGACUUGCAGGCUUCGAGCAGUGGGGCCUGCCUGGCACCGUGAUCUGACGAGGGCUGGUCGUUUCUGUGGUCAGGGCAGCAGCAGAGCAGAGAGGCUGGUGAGAACUGGGUUUCUAGCCAGACCCCGUUUGGAUCCCAGGAGGUGAGGACUCUGAAUUUGUCAUCGGGCAUGGUCCAGGCUGGAUGCUCCCAGCGCUUGUGGUUAGAGGUGACCCUGGAGUUGUCCUGCCCUCUUUCCUCCACCUUGGGAGGGAUGGUGUAGAGCUGGAAUGGCCCUCCUGGCCGUUCCCUGCCCAGGCAGGGAUUAGCCACAAGUGUUCGGAGGAUCCAAGAGGAAAGAGAAUAGAUUUCUGUCAAGGGUGGAUGCCACUGUUCUAGCAGGAGCUCGCAAAUCUUUACGUUUUGGUAAAGGAAGGCUGAGGUCUUUAGGAGGCGAGGGCGCCCUUGUACUUCAGAGUCCCGGCCGAGCGGGCCUUUGGUUGGUGACCUGCUGUUCACCACUGACCCUCGGCAGCAGAGUUCGGGGAGAGGGAGAAACAAGCAGGUCGCAGGCAGUAAGGACGAGGAGGGAGGGGGGGGCCCUUGGCCCUUUGCGACUGACUAAAUUGCCCAAACGGAGGCCUGCAGUCUCCUGUGACUCCAGUAACUGGAACCCCCCCUCCCCCCAGGGGCGUGGGAGGGCGGCUCUCUCACCCUCCCAUCCCCCCACCCCCCAUUCCCCCCACCCCCACCUCCUCCAUCCGGGGCGGGGGGGCCUCCAGCCCGGGGCCUGAGGACAUGAGCAGGGAUCAGAGAGCAUCACCCGAGUCCCAUUUCACUUCACAGACUGAUUUGGUUGCACAGCCCUAGAAUCCAACCAACCCCCCAAAUGCUGAAAUUCCUUAGAAUACGCAGAGGGAGGAGGUGACUCAACAAGGUGCUAAAACAUUUUAUUAAAAAUAUAUAUUGUUAAAUUAAGUCUGCUGUCUGGACAAUGACUGUUUGUUUUGUUUUCUUGUAGUGGAGUUUAAAAGAGACUAUUAUUUUACUCUGAUAUAUUAUUAUUAAAAAGGCAUUUUAACUUUGUACUUGAAAACUAAAUGAGCGAUUUCAUGUGUUUUAGCUGAGGCAUUGAAGUAGCGGGUGCUUACCUAUUUGUGGGAAAUCAUGUAUUCAUACUGAAGAAUAAAAUCCGUAGCUGAUUUGGUAAUAACUUUUACUGUUACAGACGAUUUCGCUUUGACCCCCGGCGGGAGAGCACUUUUACUGCACAUUCCACGCAGCUAAAUGCAGGACUUACUCCCCGGACCCUUCCCCUCCCAGCCCUGUUUCCUUUCUCUUCAGUUCCUCUUCUGACUCUCUGUCGUUGUUGUUUUUUUCUUUUCUUUUUUUUUUCUUCCUUCCUGGUUCCAGCAUCCUUUCACCACUGUAUUUUUUUUUUUUUUUUUUUUAGGGUUGCUUCUCUAUUUAUUGACAAUAAUAAUGUACAUUUCACAGUCUGGUUCUGGGACGCUGGGGAGGGGCGCGAGUGAGAGGGCCCUGGUGGGUCCCCACUCCCGCCUCCCGGGGUUCCCGUUGUAUCUCUGUGUAAGUGAUGCUCGUGACAUAGCUGUUUAUGAAAUAAUUAUAAAGAGGUCAGUGCGUACAGCAGAUGUA